AUGCUUUAAAAUAAACCAUCCAGAUCAUUAUCUCAUCAUACUAAAAUCACAGAUUAUAUGAAAAAAUUUAUUGAAACUAAUUAUAGAGUAUCCAUUCCAUCAUCUAUGAAAUAGAGUAGACAAAACAAAUAAAAUAAAUCUAUUGAUAAAACAUCAAAUGUUUUUAAAGUAUUUAAAUUAUUAAAAUAGGUAGAACUUCCAAUUGUUUAACAAAAUGUUUGUCUAAAAUAAAGUUAAUAUAAUAAACAAGAGAAAGAAAGAGAGUUAUUGAUUUUAAAAGCACUCCAAAAAUAUCAUCAUCCUUGCAUUAUAGAAUUAAGGCAUCAUUUUAUGAACAAUAAUCAAACAAAUUUACUUUUUGAUUUUAUGCCUUUGAAUCUCACUCAAGUAAUUUAGGGACACAGAUAGAGAAAUUAAGAAAUUCCUUUAAUUUUAAUAAAAUCAUUUGCUUUUUAACUCCUAAGAGCAAUUACUUAAUUGCAUGAAUGUCAAAUCUGUCAUAGGAAUAUACAGCCAGACAAUAUCUUAAUUAAUAAUCAUACCUUUGAAUUAAAAUUAGCAGAUUUUUCAUAAGCUAAGUUCUUAUUUGAAGGUGAAGAUUCCAUUAACAACGUUAAUAAUGUAAGAUACAGAGCUCCUGAAUUAUUACUUGGAACAACUAAAUACAAUAAUUCAAUUGAUUUAUGGGCUUAUGGUUGUGUAAUUUAUGAAAUGUGGACUUUGAAUGUUGCUUUUGAUGGAAAUACAUAAGAGGAAGUUAUUGCAGAGAUAAUUAAGAUUCUAGGAGUUCCAAAAAAGCAUGAAUUAUAAUCAAUGAAGAGUUAAUUUGAGGAUAUUAAAAUGCCUCAAAUAAAAAAAAAAGAAUGGGAAUUUAGUGAGACAAUAGAAUUCAUAAAGUAGUUUAUAAAAUAUACUCCAAAUUAUAGAGGAAAAGCUCAAUAAUAUCUAAAUCAUUAAUACUUCAAGGAUGUUCUAUCAGGUUAGAUUCGUCUAAAUGGAAGGGAAUUACCAAAUAUAAAAAAUCUUAAAUCAUAUGAAUUGGAAAUCUUAAGAUUUAAUGAAAAAUAAUGA